AUGGCAGAAGCCCACUCAGCAGUGGCAUUCUCUUUUGCCAUCACCCAUGAAGGAUGGGAUGUCAAUUUUGAUAGAGAAGUACUUCAUCUUGUUUGGCAAUCUGGAAUCAGGUCAUGGAAGAAAAGGCUUGCCAGAUUUCAGAAUAAUGUGUACAAUGGUGUGUACCCAGGACAUUUCAAGUACCUUUGGCUGUUGGUUGGAAUAAUUUCAGCUGUUCAUUGGAAUGGACUUUCAUUGCCUUUGAAUAUGACAAACAGGGUGUUACAAUUUUUACCAGGGACUGAUGUGCAAUGGCAAUUUGCAGCAUGUUUCCUCACCUCCUUAGUCUACUGGUUGACUGUUGUGUAUAUAGUGAGGUAUAUUUUGAAGCUACUAUUCAUGUAUAAAGGCUGGAUGUAUGAGUCUCGAGGAAGAGGAAGUCAACCUACAAUAAAAACCAGAAUAUGGUUGGUUUUAGUGAAAUUGUUCAGUGGUUGGAAUACGCCAAAAUUGUACAGUUAUCAAGGAUCUUUGCCUAGAUUGCCGCUACCUGCAGUAAAUGAUACUAUGGAAAGGUACUUGAGAAGUGUGAAACCUCUCCUUGACGAUGAUAAUUACAAACGAAUGGAAACACUAGCCACUGAAUUUGAAAACGGUAUAGGGAAAAAACUACAACGCUAUCUGUUCCUAAAAUCAUGGUGGUCGACGAAUUACGUCUCGGAUUGGUGGGAGGAGUAUGUUUAUCUGAGAGGCAGGUCCCCCUUGAUGAUAAACUCGAACUUUUACGGUAUCGAUGCUGUUUUCCUUCAUCAGACUGAGAUACAAGCUGCAAGAGCAGCAUCAGCCAUUCACUCUUUGUUGGUGUUUCGAAGGCUGGUGGAGAGGCAAGAAUUGGAGCCCAUUCUGGUUCAGGGGCUAGUUCCUUUGUGUUCUUGGCAGUACGAGAGAAUCUUCAAUACCACAAGGAUUCCAGGGGUGGAGACAGAUAAGAUAAAUCAUUGGCUAGACUCCAAUCACAUCGUGGUGUAUCACAAGGGAAGAUACUUCAAGGUCGUCAUUUACCAACGGAGAAUUCUGAGGCCCUGCGAGAUACAAAUACAACUGCAGCAAAUCCUGGACGAUGAAUCGAAACCGUUGCCUGGAGAAGAACAAUUGGCAGCGUUGACAGCCGGCGAGAGAACCCACUGGGCCAAUUUCAGAACAAAUAUUUUCGGCAAGGGCGGCGUCAAUAGAACUUCUUUGGAUACCAUCGAGAAAGCUGCCUUCAUCGUCACCUUAGAUGAUUAUCCCUACGAAUUUGAUAUGAGUGACCCGUCGAAGUUGGAUAAAUAUGGUAGAAACUUGUUACAUGGCAAAGGGUACGAUAGAUGGUUCGAUAAAUCCUUCACACUCUGUAUAGGAAAUAAUGGACGCAUAGGUUUCAAUGCAGAACACUCAUGGGCAGACGCAGCUGUCAUGUCCCAUGUAUGGGAAUGGGUGAUCACUUCAGAAACCUGGGAUGUUCGAUACGACGAGGACGGAAACACGAUGGGAAAGCCCGAACUGUCACCCCCGUCACCCGUUCGCCUCGCCUGGGACCUGUCGAGCGACGCUCUGGAAGCGAUCGCGCAGGCGCUGAAAGUCACCGAGAAACUGAUAAGCGACAUCGACCUGCGCAUCCUCGUGCACGACAGCUACGGCAAGGGGUUCAUGAAGACUUGCGGCGUCAGUCCGGACGCGUACAUACAGAUGGCGCUGCAGCUGGCGUAUUACAGGGACGCCGGCAGGUUCUGCUUGACUUACGAGGCCACGAUGACGAGAUUGUAUAGGGAAGGCAGAACAGAAACUCUACGUCCCCUUUCUCUUGAAUCUGCUGCUUGGGUGAAAGCCAUGGAAAAUGCUAAAUGCAGUGUAGAAGAACGUGUCAAACUGUUGAGAAUUUCAUGUCAAAGACACCAGAUGGGCUACCAAGACGCAAUGUCGGGCAAAGGCAUCGACCGGCACCUGUUCUGUCUGUACGUCGUCUCCAAGUACCUCGAGGUCGAUUCGCCCUUCCUUAAAGAGGUGCUCGGCGAGCCGUGGCGGCUGUCCACCUCGCAGACCCCCCACGGCCAGACCACGCGCCUGGAUCUCAAGAAGCACCCCAAGUGCAUAUCGGCGGGUGGAGGGUUCGGUCCGGUGGCCGAUGACGGGUACGGGGUGUCGUAUAUCAUCGCAGGGGAGGACGUGCUGUUCUUCCACAUAUCGAAUAAGAAGGGGUGUCCGACGACUGAUUGUCACCGGUUUGCUAGAAAAAUCGAAGAAGCUUUAGCAGAUAUGAAGAAAAUGUUCGUUGAAUGGAAAAAGUCCUUUAAUGAAAAAAAGUGA